AUGUCGUUCUUCGCUCGUCUCAAGGCACGAUUCGUCGCUUACUGGUAUGGGACUCCUGUCGUUGAGACUGCAGAUGCCAUCGCCGUGGGCCAAGCCCUUGCGAGAUCCGCGAGAUCUGCCAGAUCUGCCAGAUCGAACGUGUCUUCCGCCUCGUCCAGAACCCGACGUUCACUUCGCCAGCGAAAUUUGGACCGCCGCUCUUUGAGCCCCAGUGCGCGAACCGCAGAAUGGGUGCAGAGCUCGAGCCCAAUUGCUUCAGGGCGUGGCAGCCUAAGCGGCAGAAGGACUAACUCAACAUCUGAUCCACUCAGCGUCAGAGGUAGCAGAAUCAGUAAGAGCAGCUCAAGAUAUUCUUCAUCUCGAGCGAGUUCUGGAAGCUCUCAACGCCCAACUGUCGAGGAUCGCAGCUUGACCGAUCAAGAAGACCCUGAUCUGAUGGACCUGUCAGAUGAUAGCCCCCCUUCACCUACCUCAUCCAGUGAUAGAGCCAGCAAUUACAGCGACCAAAACGGGGGAUAUGGCGAAAACGGAGAGCCACUUACAGAAGAAGAGGCCGCCUAUGAAGACGAAAACACGCAGCCCGCUGAGCGCGUAUGGGAUUUCGAAGAAGAGUUGAGGAAGCGCAGAGAACUCGCCGAGAACGUCACCGUUAAUUGCACUGCCGACGAAAGAAAGCUCCAUACCAAGAUCGCGAUGCGUGGUUUUGAACCACUGCUUCCAGCAAGCUGGAAGAUGGAUUUUGAGACCGUCCCGGAAAAUUUGUUCGCCCAAGAGGGGGCAGAAGGAGAAGCGGAGGCCUUCAUCAAUUCGCUUUCUGGAAAGGAUUUGAGAGCAUGCAAGGCGCUCCAAAAUCUCAUGACGCUUGGACCUCGUGUCCGCGAUUGCCGCCAGACAGGCGGGGAUACCAAUAAGCUCAUGCAGCGCGAGCUUGAGGCUUUCAUCAAAUGGUCCCACGAGGACGGUCAAGUCGAUCACAAGCGGAUCAUCCCAAACCUCUUCAUCAUGUGCAGCAAGGACAGGGGACUCGCGCUGGAGGACGGGGAGAAAGCCUAUGGGCACUUCCGGAAGCUUGCUGCAAAAUACCGCAACACUUUGCGGCUUCAUCCGAGCGCGGAGGGGAACGUCCACCCUCCGCCUACUCUGUGGGGAAUAUACGUCUCGUAUACCCUUUGCAUGUUGACCAGCUUCGACGGGGCAAAUGCAGACCCCGGGGCCGAAGCCAGAAAUCUCUGGAUGAUCGAUUUCGGCGACAGGGAUCACGACGUGUGGAAUGCCUUUACAGUGGCAAUUCUCGUCAUUACGGCGCGCAAUUACCUCGUCGAUAUCCAAGAUGUGUUUCCCGACCGACGGGGAAAGAAGAGAAAGUAUGAUGAGGAUGCUUAG